UUUUUGGAUAUAAAAAACGGAAAAGCGUUUUUUAAAAGGUUUAUUGGUCUCAAUAAACCCUUUUUGAUAGUUUAUUAAUCUACGACUAUUUUUUACAGGGUACUAAUAUUUAUGUCUUUAAUUGUUCGAAAGAGGUAUAAAAUAAAUUAUACAAGAAAGUAGUAUGAACAAUAUCCAUGAUGCGAUGAGGAGUAAAGUUCGUUGAGUUUUAAUAUCUUUGAUUACAUAUGAUCAUUUUCAUUUUUUCACAACAGAUUGUUACAUAACUAGUGAGAAAUACCCCAUAUGCGUGAUCAGAGCGCUUAAUAAUAGCAGUGCUUUCUUCCAGUUUUUUAAAAAAAGGGAAACAAAAAAUAUGAUAUCAAUACUAUUUCUCAUAAUUCUUUCAGUUAUAACGGUCAGGGCUUGGCCCGAUCCCGUCUGUCGAACACCUCCUCUUGCGCCUGGUUACACUAUCGAUCAGUAUGCUGGUACAUGGUAUGAGAUUGGUAAAAUUCAAACAGCAGGUGGUGCAAUAUUUGAAAAAUCUUGCGUAUGCACUAGUAUACACGUAGCUCCAAUUGGCGACAGGAAAGUAAUUGUGACCAAUACGUGUAACAGAGAAACGCCUCAAGGAAAAUUACUCAUUUUUAAUGAAACAUUGACGACCGAUGAUGUAAUACCUACUGGUCGAUAUAAUGAAACAUUUCGUUCACUUGCUUACAAUAUCAUUGCCUUGAAAUCAGAUGAAUACAGUGUCGAGUAUGAUUGCAUGCAUACAUUUGGUAUAACAAACUACUGUGUUCAUAUUCUAUCCCGAAAACCAACGUUAUCAGAUGAUACAGUGAAAAUGUUGUUAAAUUUAGCUGUAGAAUACGAUCUGAAUACUGCAAAAUUAGAAUAUGAACAAACAUUACAACAGGGAUGCACUUAUGGAGCAAACACGCUAAUUUGA